UUCAGAACAUGGGUGGGAUCUGAAAUGAUCUUCUCUGCCUGUCUGACAAGUGUCUUCUCAAAGAUAGUCUGGAAUGCAGGGCGGAAUCCUCUUGAGCGACUCUCCAUUCGCACACAAAUCGAAAGUUCGACGUCCUAAAAGGCAUUUAUUCAAAAGAUCAAAUCUCUCGUUAUGGAGUUAACAAUCAAAUUCUUAGCUGGGGAUACUUUUUCCCUGUCCGUGGAACCGGGCACCACAGUCGGACAGCUGAAGUCCAUCAUCCAACAGAACGCGGACGUGCCCAGCUCAAUGCAGCGGCUAAGUACGCAGAAAGAACCCAGGAUUGACCUGAAAGACGACAGAAAAACUCUGCAGGACUACGGUCUGCAUUCGGAAUGCAUAGUCGCCGUGCUGGUCGUACAGCCCUUUCAAGUGUUUCUGAUAACCACUACCGGCCAGACGCACACCUACGACGUUUCCCCGGGAGAGACCGUCACUGAGUUCAAACUCAAGGUCGAAAAUAAGGAGCAGGUCCCCGUCCAGCAACAGAGGUUGAUCUACCAAUGUAAGCAGCUGAAGGAUGGCAGUAAACUGGAGGACUACGGUAUAGAACAGAGGAGCAACAUCCACCUCCUGGUGCGUCUGAGAGGCUGAAUCUGGUUCACUGCGCCAGUUUUUCCAUUAUUUUGAACUCUGCUUCUUUUAAUAUCUAAAAUUAUCUGAAUAAAAUGUUUAAAAAAAUUUGAAUACAAAUUCUAUUUAUAAGUA